AUUUUCCUACUUUUAUUACGCAACAAGUUUUUUGUAAAUUCAACAACGUAAGGACGGCACCAUUACCAUUUCAAAAUUUAGACUUCUCUGUUCUGUUCUGUUGUUGAAUUAUCAAAGUGUAGCCAUUGUUGAAAAUAUUUAACAACUUUCUCCCUCAACAUUCAUCAAAUGCUUAAACUCCUAUUCUCUAACGUCAAGUCAAAAUACCUUCAUAAACCCCUUCUUUAAACUCCACCACCAUCUUUUCACCAAACAUUUCAGAAAGAGACUCACCUUCCUCUCCAAGGACACCAAUUUAAUUCACCACUUUUUCUACUUUGUACCUCACUUUGCUAACUCUCAUCACAAAGUUAGUUUGAAAAGGAAUCCUACCAACACCUCAUUUACCUUGGACUAUCCAACUCAACUCACUUCCAUUUUUGUCCAUUCUCAUACCUCAAACAAAGCAAAAACAGAGUCCUCUGUUACACUCUGUUUUCUUUUUUCCCUCUAUAUAUUCUGCCCCUCUUUCUUUCCGUUAACUAACUUUCCAGGUUCAUGUCUUCCACAAAGAAAAGUCUUCUCAGAACCGUGUUCACAGCAAACGGAAGCUGUGGUUGCAGCAAAUCAAAAUCCUCCGAAGUUCAUGAACCAACCCCAAUACCCAAAACCUCCAACAACACUCACCAAAAACCAAACAACCUCAGCAGCAUGGCCUCUUCCACCACUUCAAUGGAACACGUAGAUGAAGAAGAGUUCACCUCCACCACAGUAUCCGAAUCCGAGACUUUUCAUGAUCCCAACAACAACAACGUUGCACUCAAACGAAGCCCUCUUGUGGACAGUGUGGCCAUCGAGAAGGACUCUUCCAACCCGUAUCAUGAUUUCAGACACUCCAUGCUCCAAAUGAUCUUUGAGAAAGAGAUCGAGUCGGAGGACGAUCUUCAAGAUCUUCUGCAGUGCUUUCUUCACCUGAAUGCACCGUGUCACCACCACGUCAUCGUGAAAGCCUUCGACGCCAUCUGCGAAGAAGCUUUUCCUCGCAAGGUUGGUACCACUCCGGCUGCGUCCGAACCUUCCCCCUCUCGCCGGAGCCCUCUUCGAAAGAGCAAGUGAUCAUGGCCAUACCAGAGUGAGAAAGAUUAAACGUAGAUGACGGAUUAAAAGUUAUUUAAUGAUUACAAAACACGUUUGGAUUCAAAACCAGAACUGUUUCUGAAAGUUACUCUCGUAAACAGAGUUUCCACUUUGUAUCCAAUAGUUGCUUAAGAAAGUUACAUGAUUUGUGAUUUGAUCGCAACCUUUUAUGAUUUGAUUCUUGUCAGUUGUUCAUGCUUAUGCUAUAUUGUUUUUAUCGGUGGUGUCUGUGGAGGUUGUUUGUGGUUGCACGAGCAGUCGUUCAUGGCAAUGGAAGCUUACGCUAGAUAGGGCACACAUGUGUCUAUGCCAUGUGCAGGCAUUGAAUUCACACGUGGGAUGAAGAUGCAUGUAAAGAUGAUGGUUUUAAUUUGGCUCCUUCUUCAUUCUUUAAUAAGUAAUGCACGAAAUUAGUAUGUGGGGUUCAAGUUCGGGACUUGGUUGAUGGGCAUGAAAAGCUGGAGGAGCUUCAGAAUCG